AUGGCGCGUAUUGUCGACACUCACGUUUUGAACAACACCAACGAUCUUGUUUGUCAUGGUAAAGAUAAACGAUCCAAAAAUUUAAAAUUUCAAUACAAAUGGUUGCAUACUUUUCCAUGGUUAGCGUACUCCGCAAAAUUAGAUAGUGCAUUUUGUACGUUUUGUGUAGCGUUUACUAAAUCAGGAGCCAUUGCCAGAGUUAAUGAAGUGAAAUGUUUUACAGUUCUUGUCGACGAAACUGCAGAUAUAGCCGGUCUUGAACAAGUGUCUAUUUGCGUUCGGUAUAUUGAUUUAAAAUCCCAUGAAUUACACGAAGAUUUUCUACAAUUUGUUCCAACCACUGAUGCAUCAGGAAUAGGUUUAUCAAGACUUAUACUGGACAAUCUCAGAAAGUUUGGUAUAGAUACACAAUAUCUUCGGGGUCAGGGGUAUGACGGUGCAGCCGCGAUGGCUGGGAAAUAUAAUGGAGUUCAAGCUUAUGUAAAAAAAGAACAUCCUUAA